AUGAAUAUUGAUCAUUCAAAUAAAAGUAAUUCUUGUUCAGAUUUGCAUUCAAUUAUUAAUGCACAAUCACUUCAUGAUCAAUCAUCUUCAACUAUGAAUAUUGAUCAUCCUAAUAGUAGUAAUUCUCGUUAUAGUUUUGAUUUUGAGCUCUACAAUACUGAAAGUUUUAAGCUUGUUCCGUAUGAUAAGUUGAUACAUAAGAAGCCAUUCAAAGGAUUGUUGUUUGAUUCAUUGGACAUUGGUCUUGAAUUUUACAAGACUUAUGGUCAAGAUUGUGGUUUUUACGUGAAUAUGUCAAGUCAAAAAAGAUACAAUGAUGGCACAAUUCAUAUUAGAUAUUCGACAUGUAGUAGAUCUGGUUUCAUGGAGUCAUUCAAGAAUGAAAAUGUUAAUAUUUAUGUGUUUGUUGAAGAUCACAACUAUGGACUUGUUGCUCAAGAUCAGUUGCACUUAUUAAGGAUUGAUAGGACAAUGGAUUUUCUUGAUGAAUCCUUUAUACAUAAGGUUGGUACUUGUAACAUUGGUGCUUCAAAAGCUUAUAACUUGGUGAGUAGUAUGAAGGGUGGCUUUGAUUCUAGGGGAGGGACUAUAGUUGACUUUAAAAAUUUUCAUAAAGAUUUGAAUUGUAAAAUUGGUGUCAAAGAUUCCCAAAUGGUUGUGGAUAUAUUGACAAACAUAAAAUUGUGUUUCUCUAAAUUUUCAUUUGAGGUUCAAAAAGAUGUUAAUGAUCAUCUUACUGGACUUUUUUGGGCUGAUGAUACUUCGAAAGCCAACUAUAAGGAAUUUGGAGAUGUAGUAUCUUUUGAUGCUACUUAUCAAACAAACAAGUAUUCUAUGGUAUUUGUUCUUUUUACUGGAGUUGACUACCACAAGCGUUGCGUUACUUUUGCUACUGGUUUACUAGCUCGUGAGACAGCAGAUGCAUAUGUGUGCUUGCUUGAAGUGUUUCAUAAAUCAUUUGUCAAGCCUACCAUGAUGAUUGUAACAAAUCAGGAUUCAUCAAUGAAGAAAGCUGUUAAUUUUGUUUUUCCUGAAUCGAAGCAUAGGCUAUGCAUGUGGCACAUCACUUAA